GUCUACAACCAUUUAUAUAUAAUCACUCUACACUUGUCGCUUUGGUGAAAUGCUGCGACUUAAGUCUCGUAGGAACACAAUAAGCUUCAUUAUUGGUGUUUUUUUUAAGUUAUCACAAAACUGAACUAGCUUCUCUUGCUUAGUAUAAACAUAAUACAUUACGUAUUUUUUCUUCUGAACUAAAUGCUUACUAUCUUUAUAUUUUUAAACGUUGAUGGACACAGUUUUAUUUAUUGAAACUGUGUUUAUUCUUUUCCUAAGCCUAAUACCUCUUGUUACUGAACGUCAUUUCAAAGUAAAGAACAAAAAGCUUAGUAACCUUUCUUUGGGAUGCUAAAUUAUUGUUUCUGGUUCUAAUAAUAUAAGACACGAGUUUGUAACUAAUGCUACUACAUUACUUAAAAUGACUUAUAAUUUAAAAAAUGAGGAAGAAGUGAAGGAAUAUAUUAAGAACCUUGGAACUGAAUAUCGCUUUGGAUGUUUUAGUGAAAAAAAACCUGAAGUAUGCCACCUACUAGGCGAUUAUUUAGAAGCAACUUCCCAAGACUUUGAUAAAGCAGGCAAAGUGUAUAGGGUUAAUUGUGACAGUAGUAAUUUUGGCCGAAGUUGUUUUAAAAUUGGAAAUUAUUUUCUCACCGGUAAAGGUGGCCUUCAGAAAUCUGAAUCUAAGGCUGUUGAAUAUUAUGAAAAAGGCUGUGAGCUAAACGAUUUUGAUUCAUGCUUUAGAGGAGGAAUGAUUAGUGUAUUGAGUAGUAGAACCAAAUCACCUGUUAGGACAUUGAAGCAGAGUGUUGAUCUUUUGACGAAAGGUUGUGAAGGAAAAAAUAAAGAUGCCUGUUUCCAUUUAAGUAGCGUAUACUUAGAUGGUGCCACUUGUGGGACUGAAAAAAUUUGUAAAGACAUGGCUAAGGCUUUUCAUUAUGCCGUUAGAGCUUGUGAUCUAGGAAGUAUUCCUGCGUGUGUUAAUGUUAGUGUCAUGUACAAGAAGGGUGAAGGUGUGGAGAAAAAUAGUAGUCAAAGUGAAAAGUACAAGAAGCUUGCUAUAGAACUGCAAAACGAAAUAAAGAACCAGAGGGGAUUAGUUUUUCAACAAUAAUCUUAGCCUAGAUAAAGUUGGUAGUAGUAAUUUAUAUUUAAAUGUUGGUUGACUUGAAAAUCACUUUGGAAUUUGUGAUUACUAAAUGUUAGGAAUGCCUGUUCCAUGAUAGCUUAAAUAUAUUUUAAUAUCUGUUAUGUCUUAAAUAUAAAUCUGUUAUUGCUUUCCGAGUAAGUGUGACAGUAAGAUGUAGUAAGUGAAGUAGUAUUGAUUUUGCUGAACUCAUGAAUAUUUUUGUUAUUUUGUUGUAGUGAAUGUUCAGAAAUCUUAACUUGAUGCCAUCUGAAUUUGCGUUUGUUCGAAUAAAGCUAUUAUCACUUUCUUAAAUUUGAUUAUACUUGUAUGAAUUCUCAUUACCAGCUAAAUAAGAAAUCCUAAAUUUUAGCUCUUGCCUUAUUACUUUUUUAUAAUCCCAUCUUAUAUAUGUGUACAGCAAAACUUCCUGUAGCACGGUGGACUUUUCUCUAAAGGGAAAACGUUUAUAAUCUCAAUCUGAUUUCAGGAAUUUUAUAGUAUAAAUAAUUAAUGCAUGAAGAACUUUCUAUAUAAUAGAUGUGAACUUGCUUAAUACAAAGAUUUUGAUUGAAAAACCCCUUCAUAACUGACGAAAGAAAGCCAGUGAGGUUCAUAUUUCAGGUACAUUGUUCUCUUACAGAUUUGAGUGUCAACAUGUCUACUCGUGUCUGGUUAACAUUAUCAAUCUAGAGACAAGUGAAAAACUCAGUGUUCGGAUUUUAGCAUCACGAUUCAAAAUCGGAAAGAUACAAGUAUUCGACAUUUUAAAGAAGAAAAAAGAAUUGUGUGAGAAAUGGGCCCAAUGUGAAAAUGUUGAAGCAAAAAAACAAUUUCCCAAAACUUUAGGUUUCGCCAUAGAUCAAGUAACAUAUGAAUGGUUUCGCAUAGCUCGUGCCUUAAACAUUCCUCUAUCUGGUCAUCUGAUCAAAGAAAAAGCAUUAGAAGUCGCUCGGAAUUUAAGUCAAUGAUUUUAAAGCCUCAGCUGGAUGACUCAACAAAUUCAAAAUACGCCACAAUAUUCCAUCUAAAGCAAUUUGCAGGGAGAGUAGCUCCGUUGAUAAAGUAGUUGUGAACAAUUGGUGGGAAAAAUUGAAAGAUUUGUGUCAUGGUUAUGAUAUGAAAGACAUUUUUAACUGUGAUGAAACAGGACUGUUUUUUCGAGCACCUCCUGAAAAAAAAAUGAGCUUAAAUAAUGGGAGUUACAAAGAUGGAAAAAUUUCGUCUUAGGGGUUAACUGUUUUUCUAUAUACUAAUAUGUUAGGGGGGUUUGAAAAACCACUUAUAAUCGAAAAGGCCCUACAUCCUUAAUUGUUUUAAGGGUAUAUAUUUAAGUCUUUUGAACAUUGAGUGGGAGUCAAAUUAGAAAGCUUGGAUGACUCCUGAAAUUAUGAAUGAAUGGUUGAUUUCAUUUAAUAAUAAAAUGAUAAGGCAGAAACGAAUCCUAUUUAUGGAUAAUGCAGUGUCCCAUCCUCACAAUAGUUAUUGCAACAUUAAGAUCGUCUUUUUGCCAGCAAACGCUAUAUCACCCUGCCAGCCGUUUGAUCAAGGCAUUAUUAAAAUUUUCAAAAUUAACUACAGGAUGUGUGUGCUUAAACAUUUUUUAGCAAAUAUGGAAUCUGCAACAACUGACUAUGACCUUGCAAAACAGAUAAGUGUUUUAGAUGCCAUACAUUUUAGGAGUGGCACUUAUUUUAUCUAUCCAAGCCAAUCUGGAGAACAAAAUAGUGAAACAAAAAAAAGUUUAAACAAAAAUUAUGGAUUACUAUUCCUAGUAAUUUGAAUUUUUCAUUUUUUCUAUAGAAUUUUGUUUUAUACUUGUACAUUUAAUAUAAAAAAUAUGUUAUUGCUCAUAGAAAUUUAUUUAAAUUGUAUAUUAAAAAAUAAAAAUGUUUUUCAAAUAAAAAAAUAAUUUCAUCUAUAUGACUUACAAAACACAA